CUGUCCUCUCUCUCCGUACUCUCUACCCUUCUUGUCCCCACUCUCCUCCUCCGAUUCCCCUUCCCCUCCCCCCCUUUACCUGCUACCUCCUCUUCCGGUUUCCCCCUCCGGUGCAACUCACAAUUAAAGCCAUACACACACACACACACACUCUCUCACAAAAUCCCAUUCCCCCAAAUUCACCCCCCAAGAUAAGAACACCAUACCUCUUCUUACUUCUUCCCUUCUCCGAUCACAAUCCCCAAUCCCGAUAUGCGAAUCAGAAAACGCCAGCUCCCAUUACCGGCCUUCUCUUCUCUCUCAGAUCCCCCGGUGCAACUCCAUCUCCCCUCCUCCUCCUCCUCCUCCGAUCCUCCCAUUAAUCCCUUGGACAAUAAUAAUCAGAAGCAGAAGCUGCUCCAACAAUAUGAUUCCAGGGAAACAAUUUUGAUUGGUGCAGAAACAAUUAAUAAUGCCCUUCUUCCACAUUCCUCUUCUUCUUCUCAAGGUGGUGGGAGAUGGUGUGAGAAGGAGAAGGCGUUUCCAUUAAAGAAGAGAAGAGGAAGCUUUGAGAGGUCGAGUGACGAGGAUAAUGACGAUCACAACAAAGAUAUUCAAGUUGCCACCAAGCUGCAGGAUGAGAAGAAGAUGAUCAAAACGAAGAUGAAUAAGAAAUGUACAUUGUCACAGAAGCAAUCUAAAGUGGGUCUAGACAUUGUUGUCGGGAAAAAGAGGUCGAGAGGUGGUGCGUUAAUGGAGGGAUCUCGGUGUAGUCGUGUCAAUGGACGAGGAUGGCGAUGCUGCCAACAAACUCUUGUUGGUUAUUCUCUCUGUGAACAUCACUUGGGUAAAGGUCGUCUUCGUAGCAUGAACAACGUUCGCAACCGCUCGUUGGCUGCUGCUACACCGAAGAACAUCGUCGUCAUUGAGAAAGACGAGAAGAAGCCAUCUCCAUCUCAAUUCCCAUCAUCACCACCACCACCGUCAUCGUUCUCGUUGACCAAUAAGAAGAGAAUGAAACUGGGUGUGGUGAAAGCAAGGUCGAUAAGUAGCUUGCUCGGCCAACCCGACGGCAUUGUGGCAACACCGCUGUCUCUGCCCUCGACGUUGCAUGAUGACAACAUUGACAAGUAAACUACUACAUCUCUUACAUAAAUAACAGCCUUCCUGAUCUUUCCGUAAAUUUUCAGCUUCUGUCAUUUCGAUGGUAUUUGUAAAGAGUGUUAAUAGGAAAAGUUGAUAUUAUAUAUCAUAGUUGUAUUGUUUUAUGUAUUUGGACAUUUGAUCAUAUAUAUAUAUAUUUAUAUGUAAUGUAUACUACGUUUACAUUAUGUGUGUGGAUGAAGAAAAUCAAUUAAAGCAGUAUUACACAGCCAAA